CGUCCAGGGCCCCGGUAAGAGGUCGGGGAGCGACGGAGCCGCUGCUGAGGCUGGGGUGGGAGCAGGCGCUGGCACUGCGUGAACCCUGCAGGAGCUCGCCGUGGGCAGCAGAUCUCCAGGUCAUGUAGAAGAGCAGAUUUCGUAUGAAGAUGGGAUUGUUGGUGUUUAUGCGUAACCUGCUACUAGCCCUUUGUCUCUUUCUGGUACUUGGAUUUCUUUAUUACUCUGCAUGGAAGCUGCACCUUCUCAGAUGGGAGGACACAAAUUCAGUGGUUCUUUCCUUUGACUCCGUUGGACGUACAGUAGGCUCAGAAUAUGACAAACUGGGCUUUCUUCUGAAGCUGGACUCAAAACUGCCUCCAGAACUAGCAUCAAAGUAUGCAAAUUUCUCUGAGGGAGUUUGCAAACCUGGGUAUGCAUCAGCGCUCAUGACUUCCAUCUUCCCAAAGUUCUCCAAGCCAGCACCAAUGUUCUUGGAUGAUUCCUUCAAAAAGUGGGCACGGAUCAGGGACUUUGUACCUCCCUUUGGAAUUAAAGGACAAGAUAAUCUGAUCAAAGCCAUCCUGUCAGCAACCAAAGAGUAUCGCCUCACUCCAGCCCUUGACAGUCUCAGCUGCCGGCGAUGUAUCAUUGUGGGAAAUGGAGGAGUGCUUGCAAAUAGAUCAUUGGGGCUGAAAAUUGAUGACUACGAUGUUGUGGUCAGGCUGAACUCUGCUCCAGUGAAGGGCUUUGAGAAGGAUGUGGGAGGCAAGACAACGCUGCGGAUCACGUACCCUGAAGGGGCCAUCCAGAAACUGGAGCAGUAUGAGAAGGACUCCUUCUUUGUUCUGGCCGGAUUCAAGUGGCAGGAUUUCAAGUGGCUCAAAUACAUUGUUUACAAGGAGAAAGUGAGUGCAUCUGAUGGAUUUUGGAAGUCAGUGGCUACCCGUGUCCCAAGAGAACCUCAUGAGAUCCGCAUCCUGAAUCCGUACUUCAUCCAGGAGGCAGCUUUCAGCUUCAUUGGCCUGCCCUUCAACAACGGCCUGAUGGGCAGAGGGAACAUCCCCACCUUGGGAAGUGUCGCAAUCACCAUGGCACUGCACAACUGUGAUGAGGUAGCAGUAGCUGGAUUUGGCUAUGACAUGAAUUCACCAAAUGCACCACUACAUUACUACGAGAGCAUCAAGAUGUCUGCCAUAAAGGAGUCCUGGACGCACAACAUCCAGCGAGAGAAGGAGUUCCUGCGGAAGCUGGUGAAAGCCCGAGUCAUCACCGACCUCACCAGUGGAAUCUGAGUUGUCCCAGACCCCGCGUCAGAGGGAGGCGAGAGACGCACGCUACAGCUAAGGGAGCAGGCAGUGGGAGAGCCACACAGGAAUCCCCACUCAAAGGAAACACAAGAAAUGCACAGGUGCUCUGGGAGAGACUUUCCGGAUCUCCAGUCUGCACCAGUGCUGCACCUGCUGCAUCCCUCAUGGAGCUGGCAGGGGAGAACUGGGAGUGGGGCUGAGGGCGGUUUCUUGAUCUCAGCUCUGCAGAUAGAACUUUUGAGUCUAGAAUUAGAGGAAAGACUGAGGCGAGAAAGGAAGACAGGUCAGUGACCCAACGCAGAGAGUGCCAAACAGGAGUGGUGCUGGCCGGGGCAGCACCGCCUGAAUGUACCAAGUAGUAUUUUUUAAAAGAAACUUUGUUGAAUCAUGCUAAUAAUAUCACAGUACAAAGCGGAGACUGGCUUGUGCCCCCCUCCAGCAGAAGCCUGGCCCCACACGCAGUCCGCAGCUCCUGGCCUUAGUCCUUGCCCUGGGAAAACAACUCCGGCCAUGACUGUACUCCUGUUGGUGCUGCUAGAAUUGAAAAGGACAAUGGCCUCCGCUGGUCUCCACACAGGGCUGCUGGUGGGAGCUGAGCAUGGGUUUGUUUUUCUGCACUUCCCUGGCUUCCUGCAUAGAAGCUGCAGCUGCCAUUCAUCCAGCUGCAUUUUCCACCGCUGGUUGCUCCACCCUGGCUCUGCCUUGACCCUGAGCUGGAGCCAGGAGCCAGCUUGUGUCCUGGAGGCGUGGCAGACAGGCCCCUGGCGCCGAGGGGCGUUCGGCCCUCGGUCUGAGCCGGCCGGGCCCCGCGCCGUGGGCAGGCGGAUCUCUGUUCAGCGGUACCAGGGUUUCUCAACAGUGUCAUACUUUAUUUGUAUGUGGGGAGAGGGAUAAUUUAUUUUCUGAGUGAGGUCAGAGGUCAUGUUGCGAUCCAAGCUUCACAGUGUUCAGCAGCAGCCAGCUACAGCCGUGUUAAUGUUCCACACCUGGUCUUGUUCCCUGCUAAUGACUCCUUGACGAUGGACCCCCCUGGCGAGGGGCAGGGGAGUGACCUGACUGGAAACCUUCACUUCUCGUCCCCUCCCCGGGCAUUUCGCUUUCUUCAUUUCCUGGCUGCUCCCACGCGGCUGGGCCGCUGCUGCUCCAUUGCUGUUGUCAGCGGGGUACGAGCGUGUCCGUUACUUUGGCAUGCAGUAUUUGCACAUUUGGGUUCUGUACCUUCUGCAGAGAAGUUGGCAAUAGACUGAGCAAAGCAACCAGGCUGGGUGGGGAGAGAGCUGGCCUCAGUUAUUGUGUGUCUGUGCAGAAGAGGGGGGCACUUGGGAGGGGAUGUAACUAACCUUUCCCUCCUGUACUGUAAUGUGAAUACAUCAGGCUGGGCUGUGCGGCAGCGUGUGCUCUGGAUCUGAGCCCCAGGGCAGAAAUGGACUGGCUACUGGUCCGGGAUAACCUGGCCCCACUCUUCUCCUCCUGCCAGCUGCACUUCUUGUGCUGGUUGAUUUGGGUGCUGGGGAGGAGGCCAUGCAGAGGUCACGAACCCGAGGCAGAGAAGGUGGAUGGGUCACUGCACUUUGCCUUGGGGGUCCCUGUAAUUCGUUUCCAGAGGGCUCAGGGUCUUGCUCUGGAUUGCAGUGCGAGAACUUGGUUCCAGGAAGUGUAACUAACCCCAGGACAAGGGGCACUUGGAGCAGACCAAAGCUUACAGCUCGUCUCCUGCUCCUCCAGCCUUCCCUGGGGCAGGGCUCGUAAACGUGGCGAAGAGGUUUACCAGCGCAAGACACACUGCCUGGGUCAGAAGAAAGAACCAGAACUGGGCGAGUUGAGCUGAGAGAGUGGGCUGGUGCAGUAGGUGCUGUCGCCUGCAGGGGGUAGAGGCACAGGCCUGGUGAGACAUGGCUUUGGGUGCUGGCAUGGGCUGCCCUCAGCAGCGCUGCGCUUCUGUGCUCCGAGCGUGAGCUGCCUGCUCAGAUCACUGCAGGGAGACCGAGCUGUCUCCUUGCAGCUCCCAGUCUUGGACAGCACCUCGGCUUUGUGUCCAGGGCUGCUCCCAGCGUGUAUUCUCUGAACAACUCGCAGAGGCCUGGCCCUGUUCCAGUCCCUCGGAGACAAGGCAGCUGGGGGCCCUUUCCUGCUCCUCUCUGGAGGGUGGGUCGGUCUGUCUGAGCCUCCCUGCUUUCUCUAUUGCCUCUGGCUCUCAGUCCAUCCCUCCCCGUGCUGCUCGGAGGAGUUUGCAGGACACUGAGCUUGUGCUGUGGUGGGAGCUCAUUGGAAUAUUCUCCCGAGUUGUUUUUCCUGUUCCAUUCAGCCCAGGGAUUGUGUUUCAGUAAAUGCCACACGCAGACGCUCACACUACAUUUCCCAACCUUCCAAAGCAACCCUGGUACGUGAGGGCAGAGUCCCCAGCCCAGCCCUCCUGCUCCCUCAGCCUGCCCUGCUCCGAGGGGCUCCGGGCACCUCCACGUGCAUCCUCCCUCGUGCAUGCGCUACAGCACAGUGGGAAGCGCUCGCCCUGAGAGCUUGGGAGCUUUGUCCACGUGCUCUCCAGGCCGGGCCGUACUCACUUCCCUCCCUCUUGUCGUGUCAGCGCCGCGGCUUUGACGUUGUUGUUACCUUCGCGGUAGGGCAGGACCCAACCAGCCGGGGAGUGCAGGUGCAGAGAGCUGGCUCAGGGCCCGCAUCGGGCACUGUAGCCCAGCCAGCCGCAGGAGAUGCUUUCCUCACACCUGUGCCAGGCAGGGUGGCGAUGGAUCCGAGGAGAGGGGCUGCUGGCCCUGCCUACCCGAUAACAUCAGUAUUACACAACAGGCAUGCGUGCUGGCCCCCUUCCCUCCCUCUGCGAUUGUCUGACUUCCUGUAUAGCACAUCCCCAGACCAAUUCCUGCUGCAACCAGGGCAGCUCGUAGCAAAACUUCCCCUCUAGAUGUGCAAGUUGCCAGGCCAGGGAUGUCAGGAAGGGAAGUGACUUCCUUUGGCUCACCCUGUUCUUCAGCUGGGUCUCCUGCAUAGCGCCCUGCUCUUGAUGCUGCUUAGAUAGGUGAUCAGUCCCCCAAGGCCUCUCCUGCCCUGGACGGAGCGUAAAUACGCUGCCCCCUGAUCCUUCCAGUGCCAGAGCAAGCCAGCCGCAGCCCCGUGUGUGUGUGUGUGAGGAAGGGACCCCGGGGGCAGUUGCCCCUCAGCGAGGUUCUAGGUGGGUUUUGUGAGCGAUGAUCGUGCGCGCCCUUCCUGCCACCUCCGGAUCCCUUGAUCCUUGACAGGUGCAGAGACUGGCAGCCUGUAGCCCUGCUCCCGCCAGGCUCUGCAGUUACGGGGCGGCUGAUCUAGAUCAGCGGAGUGCUGAUCACGACCCGGGCUCCGGUACGGUAGGUGCAGGAAUAGCCGGACAAUCCCUGCCCCGAUCUCAGCGUAAGCCGAGAGACAAUAGCUGGAUACGGACAGACGAGGGAGCAUGAGGAAACGGGGGACAUGGGUCCGCAUGAGUGGCCCUGGGCUCAGCACACCAGCAGCCUCCCCAUAACCAUUGACAAGUUGCUGGUAGACGUCACGGCAAAGGAGAGUUUUAAGAGGGACUUUGCCCAUGCUCGUCGCCACAGGAGUGAGUGUUAUGCCAGGGCUAUCACCAUACAGGCCUGUGCCCGCUGCCCCUCCGGCAGUCAGGACUAAGGAGUUUCUUCUCCUUUCCUCUACCCACGGCUAUGCUGCCAGCUUGCUGGUUCCCAUGUGUCUGAGUCCAAGGUCUCACCACGGCUGGAGCUGGCUGUACGCGGUACCAGUGCGGCGCGAUGCUCGGGAGGGCCGGCGGCACGGAGCUGGCUGUACGCGGUACCGGUGCGGCGCGAUGCUCGGGAGGGCCGGCGGCACGGAGCUGGCUGUACGCGGUACCGGUGCGGCGCAGUGCUCGGGAGGGCCGGCGGCGCGGAGCUGGCUGUACGCGGUACCGGUGC